AUUUCUUUAACCUUUUUUCAUCGCUCACUUGCAGUUUCAUCUCGUGUCUUCACCGCACGCCCACGGCAAGGGAGGCGAUAGCGGCGACAAGCUCCCGCUGGAUCAGCAAUGGCGUCGCAGAAGGAGCGCGAUGACUUCGUCUACGUUGCCAAGCUCGCCGAGCAAGCCGAGCGCUACGAUGAGAUGGUGGAUGGUAUGAAGAAAGUCGCGAAUCUCGACGUGGAGCUCACUGUGGAGGAGCGGAACCUGCUCUCGGUGGGUUACAAGAAUGUGGUCGGCGCGAGGAGGGCUUCGUGGAGGAUCCUCUCCUCGAUCGAACAGAAGGAAGAGGCGAGGGGGAACGAGAACCAUGUGAAGAUCAUCAAGGAGUACCGGCAUAAGGUGGAGACGGAGCUUUCAAAUAUUUGCACCGAUGUCGUUGCGCUGAUCGAUGAGCACCUCAUCCCCUUUGCUUCGGCCGGCGAAGCAUAUGUCUUCUACUACAAGAUGAAGGCAGAUUACUACCGUUACCUGGCAGAGUUCAAAGUUGGAGACGACAAAAAAGAAGUAACUGAACAGUCUCUCAAAGCGUAUGAGGCUGCUACAAAAGCUGCUGAGACAGACCUUCCUCCUACUCAUCCAAUUCGAUUGGGAUUGGCAUUGAAUUUCUCUGUUUUCUAUUAUGAGAUCAUGAGCUCACCUGAACAGGCUUGCCACAUUGCAAAACUAGCUUUUGAUGAAGCUAUUUCUGAGCUGGACACACUGAGUGAAGAAUCAUACAAAGAUAGCACCUUGAUCUUGCAACUAUUGAGGGAUAAUCUUACCUUGUGGACCUCUGACAUCCCUGAAGAUGGAGCAACUGAAGACAGUAUAAAGGAGAACCAUGGUAAGCCUGGUGCAGCUGAAGACGCAGAGUGAAGAUCUGAUGGAUUGGAGCGCCCCCCAGGAGAAGAACUAUCCGUGGGCCAUCCUUGUCAAUUUGAUGCCAUUUGUUUUAGUGUUUAGAUUAUCUGUUAUUGUUUCCUGUUAUCGUUCAUGGCUAUUUAACUUGAUUUAAGAAGGUUCUUAGAAAUUUGUGUUAAAAAACGUUGAACUCGAUAUGUUGGAGCGUCACACUAAUUUCCAGAGUUUUUCUGACUACAAAGUUUCUGAUUAUCCAAA